AUGUCAGAAGAAGUUGCUGUACCACGUAACUGGAUCUUCUCAACAAAUUCCUUCGCCAAAAGUUACUCCGAUCCUCGCGGUGAGGGGGUGUCAAUCUAUUCUCCGAUAGGUCAAAGUACAUAUACGACAAAGUCAAGAAACCUGACUCCGAUUAAGAUCACUUGCAACUCGAAUUCGGUCUCUUUCAUUUUGCAGAAACUAAUUCUGUCAAUGGAUGUUUCUGCAUAUGAUAAUGCAGGGAACCUGAUAACUCCUGGUACAGGUGUUAAAAACACGUAUCUUGGCUUGGAAUCCAUUAUUCAAUCAUUGACCAUCAAAGCAGGAGGAGAAACAGUUGUCAAUAUACCAAACUAUCCUCUUUAUCUAGUACAAACGUACCGCAAUCUAUCUGCUGGUAGUAAGAAAUUGUUGAGCCAACUUUCCGGAUAUGGAAACACCAAUAUCUUUGCAACAUCGAGUACCAUCUCCAUCAACCAUCACCCUUUUGUGGGUUUCUUUCAUCUGACAAAUGACCAGUUCUUCCCUGUUUGGGCACUUCCAAAUCAAGCACUCGAAAUCAUAAUCACGCUUGCGGAUCCUUCAACCGUCUUUACAUCGGCUGGAGUUGGAGAGAUUAGAGUAUCAAAUAUCAGGACUUUGAUUUCGUAUGUGACACCACCACCAAGCAGUGUCAUCAAUUCAACACGCGCUAUAAGUGAUGGAAAGCCAAUAUUCUAUGACUAUGUGCGCUCAACCCAAACGGAAAACGCAUGUAGUGGCGGAAACCGGAAUACAUUUUUGCUUCAUAUGAGUGGUGUAAGGUCACUUCAAGGGAUCGAAAUGUCGUUUGUGGACGAUGAUGUUCUCAAUGACCAGACGAAAGAUAAGGCGCUAAUGUAUUCUUCACAAGGGCUUCGCGAGUGGCGAAUUCAAUUGGGGGCAAAUCUUACCAUUCCAAGUGGAACGCAAGGGUUCAGCCAUAGCCCAUCUGAUAAUCAAACGUUACUGGUCACACAGUUAUCAAAUAACAACUUUGACCAACUCGGGGAGAUGGAUAUGUCGUUCGCCGACUAUGAUUCAAAAGCCUUUUCAUUUGGAUGGAGUUUUGCCAGCAAGGAUGAAGGCAGUCAGGCGGCAUUGAGUUUUACAGGGACAGACGGUUUAUUAAGAGUACAUAUGCAACAUGCUGUUGCACCUACGCAAAAGGUGCGUAUGGUAACGUGCUACCACGAAAAUGUCACUUUAAGCAUUGGUGUGGUCGUGACUGUGGUCUAA